AUGGACACCACUUCACAGCGAGGUGCCAGUACUUCUGUCGGCACGUCGCAGGAAGAGCGGGACCGCAAUGUGUUGCGUCUCGCUCCAGAAAAGAAGGCAUGGAUGCCUCCUAAAUCCGUCAUGGAUCACUUGUCGGCGACGACGAGUGAUCGUUAUCGAACACGAUUGUUCGAUUCGUCAGAGAUCCAUCACCUUGACCCCAGCGCGAAAGACUAUCGCGCUGAACAUGAGUUCUUCAUCGAUGCUUUCUUCAGACAUCGAUGGUACAGUGGGAAUCACAAACGUGAUGGUCCCUCACUACUUCAGGCGUGGAACGCCUACAUCCAUAAUCUCGAGGAUGUAGGUCGUGACGCUUGGAACGACAAACUUAUCAAAGCUCGUGAUAAGUUUGAAAAGCGAACCCCGACAGGUGCACGCUACAAGCUGCAUCGUCUGUCAAGGGAGAAAGGAUUACCCUGCCUCUCUUGGGGAGACUCGUGCCCAUGUUGUGUGAACAACUCUGCACGAGCACCUAAGGAGGCUUACCUCCUUACCAGCCCGUGGUGGCGCGUACGUGUCUCUACUGAGAUGUACGAAGGGAUUGACAACCUGAAAUCCCUUUACGACCGUGCCGGGAAGACUUUCUCCGGCGGUCCUUCUGCGGCACAGGAUGUGCCGCGUCGUACUGCUCGACCAGACCCAGUACGUCAACCAUCAAUUGGGAGCGGGGCUCCCAAGAAUCCCAGGACGGGGGAUAGCCGCGCCACCGGACGAGGUAACUCGUCCGACGUCCGUUCACGUCGCGGUGGUUCAACAGCUGCUCUACUAGAUAGCGCUGGCCACCGCGAGAGUCCUCUACUGGAGGUGGAGGAGGAGGAAAGACGCUCUCCACACGAUCAUGUGGAUCGGUGUGUUCCCGAGAGCUUCUUUGAUCGCGUAACGCAAGGGUUACGCGACGAUCUCGAGCAUGAGCGGAAUAGGCGUCUCCAGAUGGUGGACACUGCCUCGAAGCAUCGAGCUGAGUUUGCCUUUGCUCAGCUUGAGAACGAGAGAUCUCUGACAUCUCUUCGUGACGAGCUAAGGGUAGCUCGUGGGAUUGUUGAUCGGUCUCGGGCUGAGAUAACUGCUCUUCAGACCCUUGUUGAUGCCCACCAUCAGGAGCACAAGGCUCUCUGCGAGAUGCUUGAGCGCAAGGGCGUUCUUCAUCGGAAGAAGCAGCGUACUGAUGGUACGGCUUAA